UUCAAACUUCGCUUCUGCCUAAAGUUAGGCUCGGUGUCCUGCUCAGCGCGGGGCUUGGCGCUCUGACCUGGAGGUUGGUGGAAGGAGCAGCGGCGUCCUGCAGAUCUGAGCGACUGUGCACGGUGGCGGGUCCGGCGCGGAGGGAGCUGACGUGGGCUGGUUGGGACGACCUGGAAGGUGACAUGCAGGAUCUGCUGUCAUUCUGGGAUGUGGCCAUUUAUUUCUCUGCAGAGGAGUGGGAAAUCCUGGGCCCUGCACAGUGGAAAUUGUACAGGGAUAUGAUGUUGGAGAAUUAUAACAACCUUGUGUUCCUGGGUCUUGCUUCCUCUAAGCCAUACCUACUCACAUUUCUAGAGCAAAGACAAGAACAUGCAGAUGUGAAAAGACAAGCAGCUGCCACCCUGCACCCAGGUGUGUCAGAAAGAGGGGCCUAGAGGACAGAGUGGGAUAUUCAAACGUCCAACAGAAAGCCAUUGAGACACAAUGUUCUGGUGGAAAUUCAUCUCGUAGUGAUUUCAUUUUCUGUCUUUUGCUGUCUGUAGAGGACAUUUAUGUGACAUUUUUGGUGCUUUCAUAAGCUUUGUUUUUUCUUACCAUGUUAACUUGUGUUUACCAUGACAGCCAAAGCUCUGUCAUUUCAUCGUGAUCAUUAACUUGAGUAUUAAUUUUCUUCAAAAGAGGUGCAUGAAAAUUCUCAUCUUCAAUCCUUGAAAUUUAUUAUUGAAUGUUAUUGUGGACCAUCUUCUUCUGCCUAACACUCAUAACUUCCAAACCUAAAACUCGUACUUAGGAUAUAUACAAAUUGUGCAUACAAAUGUUUUCUACGUUAAAUAACAUUUAUGCUUUGUUUAUAUCUAGUCAUAAAACUUCUGUAUGUGUUUAAAGGGCUGAUUUGCAUUUACAUAAUGCUAUUUUGGCUUUUCUUAGUUGUCGAUAUUAGGCCUUCCUUACAUGUUUGACUUUGAUUAAUAUUCCUUGGUUUCUGUGUUCUGUUUUCAUAGUCUUCUUAUUUCAAUGGAAAGUUACCUGAAUUUCACCUAUUUGUGUUUUAAAUUCCACUUUAUUGAAUACAUGUAUAGAAUUUUGAA